AGUUUCUAUUUAAGCGAACUGACUCCGGCACUCUUAUAAGCACCGGCAUCCACACUGUUGGCACAGAGCAGCCACAGACUCCGGACGUUUCAGUGGAUGAACAUUUUUACAACGAUUUCCCUUCUUUGAAAAAUACGAGACAAGAAAUGGCUACUAUGAACUCUCUCAACCAGCAGUUUGAGGAAAAGGUGCGUCCCUGCAUCGACCUUAUCGACUCUCUUCGCUCUCUGGGUGUCGAGAAGGAUUUGGCGCUUCCUGCUAUCGCCGUGAUCGGGGACCAAAGCUCUGGGAAGAGCUCUGUGCUGGAGGCGCUGUCAGGGGUGGCUCUGCCCAGAGGGAGUGGUAUGGAUGGACUGUUUCUUUUUAAGUAUAUUCAUGUUGACAUUAUAAAGCUCGUUAAACGAUUAAGUGACGGAGGUAAACUUGUAAAAGUGAUAUGAACGUGUUAGGCUACGUUGUAGGUUCACAUGAAACAGCAUCACCUCUUAAACAGUUUUUCUGUUUUGCUUGGCUUGUUUUCGUUUAUCUUCUCUUUGCUGUCUUCCUCUGACACAAACAAUCUGCCAAAUUAAAGAAGCUCAAUUGUUUUUCCAAGAAGUAUUAAUGAUCCAGUUUUUUCUUUCUUUCUGCCCCAUUAAAUAGUUUUAUCUUUUUUACGUUUAGUGUUAGGCUGAUGUUGGGCAUUAGUAAGGCAGUUUCUGUAUGAGGGACUGAUCAGUGUGGUUGAGAGACCAUAGACAUAAUAUACGUAGACGCCUCGCUGUCUAUCGGAUCUCGCGCAUAGAAUGUAUGAUCUUGCGUAUCAGCUCAGCCGCCAUUUUGGUUAGGUCCUCCAAUGAAUUUGUUUCUGAUGAGGAAGGUAGGAACGCCCAACUAUUAUAAUUAUACUAUAUAUAAUAUUAUAGUCUCCGAAUUUUUACCCUAUUUUUACACUGUUUAGUUUGUCACAAACUGCAGGAAUGUUGCUAUGAUACAGACCCCGGCACACAGUAAAAACAAAACUGUUCUUCAGUCUUGUGAAAUGUAGUUUUAUGUGAUCUGGUUUUUGAUACUGCGUCGGUUUUUGCAACUGUCAGGUGCACUAAAUAAGGGCAUCGUUGCUGAGGAGACCUAUCCAAUAUGGCGGCGACUCUGGAUUAUACGCCCCAGCACGUAAUGAGGCGUCUACGUGUAUUAUGUCGCUAUGAGAGAGGCUGACGAUAUUGGUAUUAAUUUUAUUAACCUAUGUGUGUUGGUGUGAAGAGCUAUUUCAGAAUUCAGCACUGCUUUUGUUAAAGGUCCCAGGCUGGGGUCCCUCAUUAAACCCAACUUUUGCUUGGUGUGCAUUUCUUUAUUUCUCCAAGCCAUUUGGUGGUAAUAGAACCAAGUAGAACUAAGUACAAUAACUACAUUUAAUCUUUGUACAGGAAGUGGUUUUCACAAAAAAAAAAUUAAAUAAAAAAAAAAAAAGAUGUUUACACUUGGGGACAGUCAGUUUGUCUUUGUUUUUUUUUUUACUGUGCUAUUUGGGAUCAGAAGGCCCUAAUUCCUCCAAAACAAAUUUUCACCUCUCUACGACAAAUACUUAUAUUAAACUCAAUGUCCUCAUAUGAGGACGGUGGAUCUAUCUUACUGUAUGACACUAAAAAACAACUGGUUAAAAAAGUAUAAACUAUUUUUUAACUGUUAUUAUAAGGGGAUAACACAAAGGUGCAAAGAACUGUAUUUCAAGCCCUAAGCAUGGCUAUACAAAACAACAAAAGUGCAAAUAAAUUACAAAUUCACUUAUUUCAUUUGAUGCCUGAACACAUCCACAUACAGAUUUUAAAAGAAAAGAUACAAUAUAAUGUCAGUUACUUUUCCCUGAACAGCCAUUUGUCCUCAGCCUCCUCUAACUAGCUCCUCUCUCUAGACAGCAGUUGCACUCACUCUGCAGACAGAGCAACACAUUGCAUGUCAUGCAGUGUGCACAAGAUUUUCCAGGGCAAGCAUUUGAUGUAGUUAUCUAGCUUGCUAGCUAUUUAAUUCUAAGGUUGGACAAAUGUACCACUUGCAAGAACUAUUUACACUUGUUAACUCUUCUAAAUAUUCCAAGGUUUAUCAGACCACAUGGCACAAUCAAUAAUGUAAUAAUGUCAUCAAACAAAUACUUAAUAUUAAGCGACGUUAAAUGCUACUAUUUACAACAUAAGAAAACAUGAGACAAGUGACAGUGCUUUUAUUCAGUGCUGCUUUGCUCUUUAGUCUAAGGAAGCAGAAAGAGUUGCUAUCAAAGAUAGUCCAAGGGGAAAAGCACAGCACCACACCGCCCACUGCUGGUGUGGUGCACAAAUUAUAUCACAGUGAACUCUGAAGUAGUGGCUCAUGUUUGACUGUACUUAUAACAUGAAUACCCCACUGACCAAAAUAUAACAUACACAAAUACCAUAAAGUGUGAUGACACAUUUUCUGUGCAUCACACGUUUAUGGUUUGAUUUAGGUUUAAUGCAGAAUAUUUCCUCUUUGUCUUUCAAACUCUAUUAAUUUAGGCAUUGUUACAAGAUGUCCUCUGGAAUUGAAGAUGAAAAGGAGGAAUGAAGAAGAGGACUGGUACGGAAAGAUAAGCUACCAAAGUCACGAGGAAGAACUGGAUGACCCUGCAGAUGUGGAGGAAAAAAUUAGAGAAGGUACAGUCGUAUUAUAUCCUAAAGCAAAGACUGCAUGAAAUUGGUUGAUCUUGGUACAUUGUGUCUUGUCUCUACAGCCCAGGAUAAGCUAGCAGGAAAGGGAGUAGGAAUCAGUGAAGAUCUCAUCAGUCUGGAAAUCGCCUCUCCUCAUGUUCCAGACCUGACGCUCAUUGAUCUGCCUGGCAUUGCCAGGGUGGCUGUAAAGGGACAACCAGAGAACAUUGGGGAACAGGUGAGCUUUUUUCAGUUUUCCAAAACAAGCUCUCAGCUGUUUUAUCAUGAGACAGCUAUGAGAAUAUUUGCCAUUAAAAAUGUUUCUGACACAACCCCUAGAAAGAUGUGAAGUUCUAAAGAGGGGGUAUUGUGCCUUUUUUCAAACUCUAUACUUCCUCUCUGAUACCUCUUUAGUAGCUUAAUAUGAUUCUCAGAUCAAAAAAGCUGAGUGUUUCUCACUCAGGUGUGUAAAAUAUCAUUAUUUCAGCCUUUGUCUAAAACGCUUGGUUUUAGCUGCUGUCAUUCAUUACUUGAGUCUUGUGUGAUGUCAUAACAUACCAUUUUAAGGACUUUACAUCUACUUUUUAGGAAUUUUACAAAAUUUGUUUACCUUGUGAUUUGAAAUUUUUUUUGUAAAAAUGGAAGAGCAUAAUACCACCCCUUUGAAGAGUUGUAACAUCAAUAAAAUCAAAUUAAGCACAGCAAUGAUUUGAAAGCUGUAAAACAAUUCACUCAUGCACAAUAUAAACCGAUGUUUCAGAUCAAGAGGCUGAUUCGAAAGUUCAUUAAAGAACAAGAAACCAUCAGCUUGGUGGUUGUUCCAUGUAAUGUGGACAUCGCCACCACAGAGGCCCUAAAGAUGGCUCAGGAGGUUGAUCCUGAUGGAGAGAGGACUCUUGGUAAAAUAAAGAUUAAAACAUUUCAAUAAGAGGCAGGACUCUUACUCAUUAUCUACACAAGUCUUACAUAGUUCACUCUGUCUCUUUUCCUUUUAGGUAUCUUGACCAAACCAGAUCUGGUGGACAAAGGCACAGAACAGACGGUGGUGGACAUUGUCCAUAACGAGGUGAUCCACCUCCGAAAGGGCUACAUGAUCGUCAGGUGCAGGGGCCAGCAGGAGAUCUCAGACAAAGUCAGUCUUGCUGAAGCAAUAGACAAGGAACGGGCUUUCUUCCAAGACCAUUUGCACUUCCAGUAAGUUUGUACAAUUUAGAUAAAAUUAAAAAUGAUAUUCAUUGUUUAAUAUCAGUGCAGUAAUUUGCAUUUUUAAAGGCUGUUUAAUGUGUAUUAAGGAGAUUAACUUUUGUGCUACAGAACUCUCUUUGAUGAAAAUCGUGCAACAGUUCCUAAACUGGCUGAGAAACUCACACUGGAGCUUGUGCAUCACAUUGAGGUGAAAUUCUUAUGUAGCAUCUUCAACAGAAAUCAUGAACUUUCCCUCAGGAGUCAAAAUUUUGAUACUUAAGACAAGCUAAGCUAGGAUAAGGUAAGCUUAAGUAAGCCUUUACUUUCCACAGGGACAUUUGCAGCAGCAAAAGAUCAGCACAGCAGACAUAGGAGAAACAGGCAAACAAGCAGUGACAGAUAAUCAUAAAAAUCUUCAUGUUAUUUGUAGAAAUCUCUGCCUCGACUUGAAGAACAAAUUGAAGAAAAGCUUGAACAAACCCGUGCAGAGCUUGAGAAGUAUGGGAAUGGACCCCCUGCUGACCCAGCUGAGAGGCUCAUCUUCCUCAUUGAUGUAAGUUUUUUUUAUUUUUAUUGUUAUCUAUUUAUUUACUUCUUUUAUUUAUCCCAUGUACAGCACUUUGUUUGACUGCUGUCUUAAUAAAGUUUGACUUGACUUGACUUGACUUGACUUCACUAAGUUCUCUCAUAUUAAAUGCCACACUUAAAAUAUCCUAAAACCUACAAUGCAUGUUAUAGCCUCAUACUGUUUGGUUGGAUGAUUGGAUAACUGCAGGGACUCAUUUUUGCUAUGAUGAACUCUUGAUUAAAGCCAUUUUAAAGUUGACAAUGUGGACAGUUAUGCUUCACCAAAUAAAGCCACAACUUUACAUCUUGGUCUUGGGUGCAAAGUAAUAUUAACAAUUAUUAUAAAAUAUACGUUUUAUAAUUAUCAUCAAUUAUAAUCCUAACACAUCUGACAAAAUUAACACUUCAAUUUGUCAUAAAUCACAGAUUUUAUUUGAGACAAACUCAAAUUACUGCAUGAAUUCCCGAAGGAGUGACUACAUAGAAAGUGUAUCAAACACCACCACAGAUCACCUCAUACUGUAAAUUUUUGUCUGGUUAAUUUAAAGCAACUGUGAAGACAAGUUCCUUUUGUGACAUGUUGCAGAAAGUGACAGCGUUCAUUCAGGAUGCCAUCAGUCUGACUAAAGGAGAGGAGCUCAAGUGUGGGGAAAUGCUCAACAUCUUCUCCAUGCUGAGAGAAAAUUUCGGGCAGUGGAACAAUCACUUGACUCACUCUGGAGAGAAAUGUGAGUGUAUCACAGUGAUUUGGUGUACAGCUGUACAUCAACAGCUCUGUGAAAUGUAUGCCUUUGUGUGUUGCAGUUAACCAGACGAUUGAGGAAGAGGUGGAGGACUAUGAAACGAAGUACCGUGGAAGAGAACUUCCAGGCUUCAUCAACUACAAGACCUUUGAGGUCAUGGUCAGGGAGCAGAUCAAACAGCUGGAAGAGCCUGCUGUAAGGAAACUCAAAGACAUCGGAGGUACAGCAGUGGGUUAUGGUGGCACAUCAUUUAAUCAUUGUCAGUUGUGUGUACAUGUGCAAUUACCACAUCACAAGAGGUGAAAUGCAGAACACGAAACCCUUUUUUAUGUGAAAUAAAUCUCACCAAUUUCUUGUCUUACAUGACUGAUCUACAAGAAAAUGCAGAGCACACAAAUUUGGGCUUUUAAUUUAGGAGUGUUUGCUAUUGGUGGUUGAACAUAACAGCAUACAGAGUCAAGAGUAGAAAGAGACUGUGGGGUUUUGUUUAAAAAUCAGAAAAUAUGAUUAGAAAUAGUUGAGGACCCUAAAGCACCACCUUCAACUCUGUUUGUAAAGAUCAUUAGAAACAUUUUGAUUAUACUUUAGCUUGUACUCUCAUAUAGUCAUAACUAUGAUGACUUGAAUUUCAUUUUUAUAUUUAUUUAUACUGUUAGUAUCUUUUUCAGCACAAAUGUUUAUGCAAAAAUUGAGCAAAACUACCUUUUUUGAACUUUUUAAUUUAAAUAGAAAUAUAAAAAAAACAUUUUGCUCACCUUUCUAUGGUUGUUGUCUCUUCUUUUUUCAUUCAGUUGUUUAAUUUUCCUGUUAUUUCACUAAUGUCAAAAUAUACAUGACUGAAAACAAGACAUCAGAAUGUCACUUUUCUGUCACUGAAUGCACAUCAGAUUUUUGUUACUUUGAUGUUUUAACAUAAUAAAUAAAACUGAUCAUGCUGCUUUUCCAUUUUUAUUUAGAUGAAGUCAGGAAAAUGUUCAUGCAGCUUGCAACAAGCAGCUUUACUGGCUUUCCUAACCUCACAAAAACAGCCAAGGUAACCUUUGCUCUUACUGAUGUAUUAUCAUUUGCAAUUUUCUUCACUGUGUGAACACAUUCCAUUUUUUUUUCUAGACAAAGAUUGAAGCCAUAAAACAAGACAAGGAAGCCAUUGCUGAGUCAUUUCUGAGAACUCAGUUUAAGAUGGAGCUGCUUGUUUACUCUCAGGACAGGACCUACAGCAGCAGCCUGAGUGAAAAUAAGAAAGAGGAGAAUGAGGAGGAUGGAUGGGCUUGUGCUCCACGAGUUACAUUUCAAAACACCAUGCAUCGUCAGGAUAAUCAUGCAACACUUCAGCAGCUGAUGAUGCACCUUAAAUCAUAUUACAAAGUAAGCCUUAAAGCCACAAAAAGGAAUAAAACAAGCAUUACUUUUUUCAUUACGCACCUUUGCCUAAAAAACGUUUCUUUUCCCACCAUCAGAUCGCGAGCCAGCGACUGGCAGACCAGGUUCCUAUGGUGAUCCGCUUCCAGAUGUUACAAGAAUCUGCCUUCCAGUUGCAGAGGGAAAUGCUCCAGGUGAUUCAGGAUAAAGAAAAUUUUGAGUCUCUGCUGAAGGAGGAGUGCGACAUUGGCAGCAAGAGGGCUAGUUUGCAGAACCGCCUCAAACGCCUCAUGAGGGCCCGUGCAUACCUGGUAGAGUUUUAAAGAACCUUUGCUUCCUUUAACAGCUGGAAUUGUCUGUACAUCUUCCUUCUGUUUAGAGGCCAGGAAAGAUUUGUGCCAGAGCUUUGAAGCAUUUUUUAAAAUGUAUUGUCGUAUAAUCUAUUUGUUGAUUGUGGUUGUAUCUAAAAACUAAAAGUCAACAUACACUGACUUAAAUAUAAUAUAUUAUUCUACAUGGUUAAAGAUUAGAGAGCAAAAAAUGCAAACACUAUCAGAUUGUAGUCAAGAUCCUUUAGGAAACAACAGAAGCACUUUAUUUGUUGUAGUGUUGUGGUUUUUUUCUAUACUUCUACAUAUCGAUAUUUCUAUUCUAUUUUUUCUAUAUUUACAAUUUGUUCCAAGUUCACCUUUAUUUUGAAAUAAAUGUUUUUUUUCUUUUUUCAAACAGAUGUUCAUCUAGCUUCAGUGACAUUUUGUCUUGUUUGCCACCAUUUUUUGCAGAUGUAAGUUUUCUUAUUGACCACAAUUCUCUGACACUGAUAACUUUGAACCUGAAUGUGUCUUUGGUAGAAGAUGUGCAGCAGUAGGAUAUAGGUUUUUCAUUGGGUCUGACAGACUUGUAUCUACCCUCUUUAGAGAACUUUGAAUUUCCCUCUGGGAUUAAUAAAGUAUCUAUUUAUCGA